GUCGACACGCACGAGACGGCAGCGACCGAGGCAAAGCACCCUAUACAUCCAUCCCCCCUGCUCCGUCCUCCAAAACUAAACAAGGACGAAAGCAACCGACGAAGAGGGAGGAGCGGGCGGAGAAGAGAGAAAAGUCGCCGGCUCGCCGCCGCCGUCGUCGUCGGUGAGGCCACAGUCGCCGCCCUCCGCUCCCGAUCGAGGGCCUGCUUCGUUCGCACCGUAGAGGUUUGGUUCGUUGGCCUCUUCAGUCUACAAGAACUCGACAGCUCGCCGCCACCCACCUACCAUGUGGUGCGAGUUCCUUGGGGGCGUAAUUGAAACCUCCGGGCGGCAGGUGGUGUGAGAGGUCCUUCUUGGAAGCCUCAAUGCAGCUUCUGCAUCUGCUGGUGAGCCCUGUUUGGUGGACUUCGUCGUGCUGAGAUUGGGCGCUUGUUUCUUGGAUUCAAGAGGUUGAAGUUGAACCCUGCGUGGCCGUGGCUAGUCCGGGCUGGAUCAUGGAGCAACCAGGGCAGAUCGCUUUUGCUCAAGCCUGAUCAGUAGUGAUUGAUCUCCAGUGAGCAUGUCCUCGCCUAGCAAGAUUUUGAUGGGAGGGAAGAAAGCAAAGGUAGUAGAGGGGAAUGCUCAGCUGCUCUGCAGUGAUGCGCUCACCGAGGUCUUCCACAGGCUGCCUGCCCGCACGCUCGGCUCUUGCAGGAUGGUAUGCAAAUCCUGGAUGUCAUUGCUUUCCGAUGUGCAUUUUGUUCACGAGCACCUGAACCGAAGCCAGCAGAAGUUGCUGCUCUUUGCAAAUGACCGAGCAAAUGAUAGGUCUCUUGCCAUGGUGCUCGCAGACGCCAAUGGAUACAUGUACCAGCUGUCUAGGCCCUUGGUUGCUCAGAGCCUGUUUGUGCACAACUCUUGCAACGGCCUGCUCUGCCUAGGUGACAGUAAAGGAGCAGUGGAGUUGCUCAACCCGACAACCGGUGAAUCUGUUGUGUUGCCGAAGCCAAUGUACACUGCAGGAAGCAGCCAAUUCUCAUCAUGCAACUGGCACUGCUUGGGGUUUUGCCCGUCAACUAAGCAACACAAAAUUGCGCAUUUUUAUCCGGGAGCUCAUGCUGGUUCUCUCGAGGUGCUCUGCGAGAUAUACACAAUUGGAGAUAGAAUCUGGAGACAAAUUGGGAGUCUCCGUGGGGCGCCAAUUGAUAGAGGUAUACAUGUGAAUGGUUCGGUGUAUUAUUUGACAAGGUUCCGUUAUAUCUCUUCAUCACGUAUCAAUUGUUUGAAUCUUCAAAGUGAAAAGUUUGACGUCUUGAUGCUUCCUCCACGCAAGACCUAUGGAGGGCAUUGUUCUUUGUCCGAGCUCGAGGGAAAACUAUGUUUGUUAGUUGUGGAUGGUGCGCUUGAAGGUAUACCUCGUACAAUGGACAUAUUAAUGCUCGAUAACGAUGAUAAGCAGAGUUGGACUCAUAGAUACCACAUAUCUUUGCCUCUGUUGAUGCAAUCAUGUUAUUUCACUCCAAGACACACACUUUUUCAUGAUUCCAAAAUUUGGGUGCAGUUGUUUGCUCGGAACUUAUAUUGUUAUGAUCCAAAUUCAAACUCUGGGGAAUUGGAGAUUGCCUGUCCAGAAUCUGAGUUUCCUUUCAGCAUUCAUACGUUUGUUGAAAGUAUAGUUCCUCUGCGUCAAGAUAAUUUCAUCAAGAAGAUACAGUGAUGUUGGUCUUCUUUAUUCUUGAAGAUAGAUUUCAGCUUACAGAUUUACAUUAUCUUUGUUGUUUUUUCUCUUAAAAACUGGACUUGUUAACUGCCUUAAUUUGGCCUACUUUAUCACUCUUUGUGAUUAGUUAUAAGAACAAUCUUGAAAAUUUCCUAACAACUCACUUUGUCUUGAUUCUGAGAGUUGCGUUAAUUGUAAUUUCAUAAUGCACGGAAGACUUUAUAGUCCAAGUUAGGAAGAAUAUUUUGUUCUUUUACAUUUUGCUUUC